AUGGCAAACAGGACAGAAGUGACACAGUUCAUCCUGCUGGGACUCACUGAUGACCCAGGCCUGGAGGUUCCCCUUUUUAUCACCUUCCUCCUUAUCUACAUCAUAUCCCUGAUUGGGAACCUGGGGAUGAUCCUGCUGAUUCUCUUGGACUCUCGGCUCCACACUCCCAUGUACUUUUUCCUAGGUAAUCUUUCCCUGAUUGAUUUUUGUUACUCUUCAACUAUCACCCCAAAAGUCAUGACUGGUUUCCUAUUCAGAGACCAGGUCAUGUCCUACAAUGACUGUGCUGCUCAGAUGUUCUUUUUUGCAGCCUUUGCUACUGUGGAAGAUUUCCUGUUGGCCUCCAUGGCCUAUGACCGCUAUGCAGCAGUGUGUAAGCCCUUGCACUAUGCCACCACCAUGACUACGCGUGCAUGUGCAGGGUUGGUCAUAGGCUGCUAUGUUCAUGGUUUCUUGAAUGCCUUUUUAUAUACUGGGAACACAUUUAGUCUCUCCUUCUGUAAGUUCAAUGUGGUCCAUCAUUUUUUCUGUGAUAUGCCAGCAGUCAUGGCUCUUUCUUGCUCUGACAGACAUGUGAAUGAGUUGGUUCUUAUUUGUUUAGCCAGCUUCAAUAUCUUUUUUCCUCUCAUAAUUAUUUUAGUAUCCUACAUGAUAAUUUUUGUCACCAUUCUAAAGAUGCACUCAGGAGCAGGACAUCAGAAGGCCGUGUCCACCUGUGCCUCCCACUUCACUGCAGUCUCCAUUUUCUAUGGAACCAUCAUUUUCAUGUACUUACAGCCUAGCUCCAGUCACUCCAUGGACACAGACAAAAUAGCGUCUGUGUUCUACACCAUGGUCAUCCCCAUGCUGAACCCACUGGUCUACAGCCUGAGGAACAAAGAAGUCAAGAGUGCAUUCAUGAAGGUUAUAUUGAAGGAGAAAUAG